CCAAUUGAUAAUUUAGAUUGUAUGGAAAAGGGAUAAUAGAUAUGCUCGAUGGAAAUAUGAAUAAUUGAUGAGUUGAACGUUUGUCGAACAAAUGUUUUAUUUUUUUCUUCUACCAACCGACGAAUUGUGAGUGUCAAUUUUAAUUAUGAAGGGUUAGUGCGGGACAUCCUGCUGCGGCCAUUACGGAGACUUUGGGCUCAUUAUCUUCUUGUUGAAGUUGUCGUCGUAAAUAAGCCUAGAAAAUAUUCGGUAGACGUCGUCACUUUCGGUCCUUGACUCGAGUUGACAUUUGUAAAGUGCGCUCUUGACUGGGUGCUCAAAUGACUACUGGGCCCGCGACCCGUCGAUGACGGUGACAGGCCAAUUUUGCUAAUUUGUCCAAACGGCAUGAGCAAGAGCCUCCCACCUUGACUGAUGGCCGCCCCUCGCCACAUCCGAUAUGGACAUCAGAGUCACACGUGAAUACGGCGUCUACGUACGAAUGUGUGACGCCCUUUGACCCUGUUUCAGCAUCGGUGUGAUGGAAAGCACUUGCUGGCGCGUGCCCCUGGCAUGUUGCCGCCCUCGCGUGCUGGCCCUGCACGCGCUCUUUUGGGGCCUCGUGGCUCUCAGAGUUUUUGGAGCUGCCUUGCUGGCUGAAGACAAACUUUCAGCCGUCAAGGUCAGCAUCACCCCCUGCUGGCUGCUGGAGGACUUUGUGGUGACGACAGAAUGCUCACAGUGCGACGCCUUCCAGGCGACGAGGCCGGCGUGUGGUCGGACGGGCUACGUGGAGAAGGUCAACUGCACCAAAUCCAACCGGGACGAGUACAAAAGCUGCCGCUCGGCCAUCAUGGAGGAACGUCUCUUCUGGAAGUUUGAAGCGGCCGUGUUGUCCGUGACAGCGUUGUCGGCCGUCUCGGUGGUCCUGCGUCAGCGCCGGUUGGACCGCCUCGCCUCAGAGAAAGUCCGCCGACAGAUCGAGUCCAUCUAGCAGCACCAACUUGCCAUACAAACUUUGUUGCAAAAAUGCUUGAGACCCACAGACCCCCACUCGAUGACGUCAUUUUCGUGUGUUCUCUGUUCAUAGUCGGACUUUGGCCAAAAACUCUGAUGACAGUGCUAAUAAAGCUUCCUGGUUGUGUGACCGAGGCAGAAGGGUUGAGAAAAGAGGGUCAAUGAUGGUUUUAGUCGUCUCCUGCCACGUGAAAGGAUAAUGCAAGGCCAUUUUCUAGCAAAGGAGGUGGAGUCCCGGCCGGCAUUUACCUUUCCACUUGCGAGUGGAUUCCAACAUGGAGGCAGUGGAAGCUGGGACGUAGGGCAACACGUUGGUUGAGGGAGCCACUAACGAAUGGGCUUUCCGUCGCUUGGAUCGAUGACACGAUGGUGCUCUCCUAACUCUGAAAGUGGAGCCCAUACUACAAGCGGACUUACCGUUGUGUUUGAUGCAAUGGUUCAAAGCCGAGGCAACAAUUUCAACUCGGCUGUGCAAAAAGGUCCCCAUUUUCACUUUGGAUACCAUCAUGUCUGCCUGUGUGUGCUUGUGGUAACCCACUCUGUCAUAAAUGCUUGAACUUGG